AUGUCUUGGUUCAGUGUGAACACCAGUAACAGCAGCUUGCAGGACUCUCCUCCUGGAGGGGAGCCCCGGGACGAGCGCCUGGCCCGGGUUGAGAUUGUCCUCCUGUCCGUCAUGUUCAUCUCUGCGGGGCUCCUGAACUUUGGGCUCCUGCUGGUGCUGUGGAAACGGAGGAAGCAGCUCUCCAGGAUGCGGGUGUUCGUGUUCCACCUGUGUAUCGCGGACCUGGUGGUGACCUUCUUCCAGGUGUGCCCGCAGCUCAUGUGGGACAUCACCGACAGGUUCAUGGGUCCGGACCUGCUGUGCCGCGCAGUGAAGUACCUCCAGGUGGUCGGGAUGUUUUCCUCCACCUACAUGAUCGUGGUGAUGACCAUCGACCGGUACCAGGCCAUCUGUAACCCCAUGGUGACGUUCCAGCGGAGGAGAGCGCGCUGGAACGGGCCGGUGUGCGCCGCCUGGUGCGUGUCCCUCCUCGGCGGCCUCCCGCAGCUCUUCAUCUUCUCUCAGGUGGAGGUGGCUCCCGGCGUGCACGACUGCUGGGCUCACUUCAUCAAACCGUGGGGACUGAGAGCCUACGUGACCUGGACCACGCUGGUGAUUUUCGUCGUGCCAGUUUUCACGGUGAUCGUGUGCCAGGUGCGCAUCUGCCGCGCGCUGCACACCAACUUCCACAUGAAGGCGCAGCCCGCCAGGGAGACCGUCUGCAAACCGCUGCCCACCCGGACCAGCAGCGUGGCGGGACUGUCCAAGGCCAGGGUGAAGACGGUGAAGAUGACCGUGGUCAUCGUGCUGGCCUACGUCAUCUGCUGGGCGCCAUUCUUCACCGUGCAGCUGUGGUCCGUGUGGGACGAGGACGCGCCAACCCAGUCUGCCACUUUCACCGUCUUGAUGCUGCUUGCCAGUCUGAACAGCUGUGUGAACCCCUGCAUCUACCUGGUGUUCAGUGGGAAGCUGCCCAGGAGGCUGCUGACUCUGAUGUGUGUGGGUGAGCCUGCUCUGAAGGAGUCCAUGCAGGAGGAGACCACCACGGUCAGCUCGCUGUACAUCAGCCUCAAAGGCCUGUCAGACUGCAGAUAA